UGGGGAGGGAAGGGAGGAGGGUUGGGGGAGGGGAAAAGGGAGCGAGGUGUCUCCCUAGCUCUCUGCCUCUGGCAAGUGGAGUUUUUAAAAAGCUCGAGCAGAUCAUGUCAUGACGACUUCGCUGCUCCUGCGUCCGCGCUGGCCGGAGAGCCUUAUGUACGUCUAUGAGGACAGCGCGGCAGAGAGUGGCAGCGGCGGCGGCGGCGGGGGAGGUGGCGGCGCUGGAGGCGCGGGGGGCGGCUGCAGCAGAGCGAGCCCCGGCAAAGCCCCCAGCAUGGACGGGCUGGGCAGCAGCUGCCCAGCCAGCCACUGCCGCGACCUGCUUCCGCACCCGGUGCUGGGCCGCCCGCCGGCUCCCCUGGGCGCCCCUCAGGGCGCCGUCUACACGGACAUCCCGGCACCGGAGGCUGCGCGCCAGUGCGCCCCGCCGCCAGCGCCCCCCACCUCGUCCAGCGCCACCCUGGGCUACGGCUACCCGUUCGGGGGCAGCUACUACGGCUGCCGCCUGUCGCACAACGUGAACCUGCAGCAGAAGCCUUGCGCCUACCACCCGGGCGACAAGUACCCGGAGCCGUCGGGCGCCCUGCCCGGUGACGACCUGUCCUCCAGGGCCAAGGAGUUCGCCUUCUACCCUAGCUUCGCCAGCUCCUACCAGGCGAUGCCCGGCUACCUGGACGUGUCGGUGGUGCCCGGGAUCAGCGGGCACCCGGAGCCGCGUCACGACGCGCUCAUCCCCGUCGAAGGCUACCAGCACUGGGCUCUUUCCAACGGCUGGGACAGUCAGGUGUACUGCUCCAAGGAGCAGUCUCAGUCCGCCCACCUCUGGAAGUCUCCCUUCCCAGACGUGGUACCCCUACAGCCCGAGGUGAGCAGCUAUCGGCGCGGGCGCAAGAAACGGGUGCCCUACACUAAGGUGCAGCUGAAGGAACUAGAGAAGGAGUACGCAGCCAGCAAGUUCAUCACCAAAGAGAAGCGCCGGCGCAUCUCGGCCACCACGAACCUCUCUGAGCGCCAGGUCACCAUCUGGUUCCAGAACCGACGGGUCAAAGAGAAGAAGGUGGUCAGCAAAUCGAAAGCGCCUCAUCUCCACUCCACCUGACUGCCCGCCCAGCCGCCCACCCCGUCUAUUUAUGUCACCGCUUUGUACCAGAACCGAACCCACAGAAGGACCCUCCGCCGGUGCAUACGAAUAUUUAAUAUUAACAAUAAAGAGGAACCGCGUGCAGCUGGGAGGCGGACCAGGCCGGGUUCCACCACCCUUUACUCUCCACCCCAUGCCCCAACCCCCAUCCCGAAGGAACCCACCGGCCCUCAGCAGUUCUGGA